GUAAGCGAGGGCAGGUCCGUCCUCCGCCUCCUCGCACGCUUCUCUGAGCAGGGUAGAGCAGCCAUUCAUCCAGCAUUUGCUGAAGCUGCAGCAUUUCCACAGGAGCACUUGGAGAGCAGCAAUGUUUUCCUGCAGAGUGGCUUGGCAGAGGUGUGGGCCUCUGGCACGGAGAGCAGCCUACAGGUUGCCUCGGGAGGUUGUGCAGCGGCGGCAGAUGUCUUCACUUCCUGGUGGUUCAGGGGAGAACAUAGUCUACACCCUGCUGUGUGGUGGAGCCUUCGUUGGUGCUGUGUCAUAUGCAUACAUCACCGUGUCCACAGACAGCGCCAGGUACAACGAGCGUGUUGCACAAAUCAGGGCCAGACCCAAGACAGAGUGGGUACCUAAACCAUGGCCACCAAAGAGUAAGGAUGAUGAAGAGGGUACAGAGGAGGAGGAGGGGGCGGCAGCAGCUGAGGGAGAGGAGGAGGCUGCAGCUGCUGACGGCGAGGCAGAAACGGUUGUGGAGGCAGUUGCCGAGGUAGUCGGUGAGGCUGCUGAAGUCGUUGUUGAGGCGGCGGAGGGCGUCGCCGAGGUUGCGCAGGAAGUGGAGAAAGUUGCAGAAGAAAUCGCCCAAGUGGCUGAAACGGUCGAGGAGGCCGCCCAAGCUGUCGCAGAACCGGCCGUCGUUCCUGCUGAGGACCCCGAAAGCAACGUGCUGCUGGCAGCUGCCUCUACCCUAGAGGUACCGAAGGAAGAGUUUGCAUCUGCUGACAUUAAGGUUGCGCCUAAGGAAGAGUUCCCAGCACCAGAAGAAGGAAAGCCUGUAGAAGAAAUUGCUCCACUAGAGGAGGCCCUUGCAUCAGUAGAGGCUGCACCAGUGGUAGAAGAGGCCCCCACAGCUGUGGAGGCUACACCAGUGGUUGAAGAGGCCCCCGCAGCAGUGGAGGCUGCACCAGUGGUUGAAGAGGCCCCUGCACCAGUGGUUGAGGAGGCCCCUGCACCAGUGGUUGAAGAGGCCCCUGCAGCAGUGGAGGCUGCACCAGUGGUUGAAGAGGCCCCUACACCAGUGGUUGAGGAGGCUGCACCAGUGGUUAAAGAGGCCCCCGCAGCAGUGGAGGCUGCACCAGUGGUUGAAGAGGCCCCCGCAGCAGAAGAGGCUGCACCAGUGGUUGAAGAGGCCCCUGCAGCAGUGGAGGCUGCACCAGUGGUUGAAGAAGCCCCCGCAACAGUGGUUGAAGAGGCCCCCGCAGCAGUGGAGGCUGCACCUGUGGUUGAAGAGGCCACCGUAGCAGUGGAGGCUGCACCAGUGGUUGAAGAGGCCCCUGCAGCAGUGGAGGCUGCACCAGUGGUUGAAGAAGCCCCCGCAACAGUGGUUGAAGAGGCCCCCGUAGCAGUGGAGGCUGCACCUGUGGUUGAAGAGGCCCCCGCAGCAGUGGAGACUGCACCAGUGGUUGAAGAGGCCCCCACAACAGUAGAGGCUGCACCAGUGGUUGAAGAGGUCCCCGCAGCAGUGGAGGAUGCAACAGUGGUUGAAGAAGCCCCCGCAGCAGUAGAGGCUGCACCAGUGGUUGAAGAGGCCCCCGCAGCAGUGGAGGAUGCACCAGUGGUUGAAGAAGCCCCUGCAGCAGUUGUUGAGGCUUCAGCACCAGUAGAUGUUGCACAGGUGGUGGAAGAUCCCAAGAGAGAGUACAUUGUUGUUGUUUUGGAAGGAACACCUAAAGCAGAAAAGAGGCCUAAGGUGCUGGGAGUGGGGCCCAUGACUGGUAGAAUCAUCCCAUCUCCAGAUGAUGACGAUGCCCCUGCUUCUGAGGGUAGGCGACGUCUUCUUAGGAUGCAAAUGCAGUAGUUCCAACAAAGUAAACAGCUCCUGAAUGAUGACUUUAUGUCCUGAGGAAGAAGAGGAUGUGCCUUUUCCAACACUUUCCCUUCCUCCUUUCAUCCUGAAACACAACGGACUGAUGUGUAGUUUCACUCUGAAGACACUCAAAUGUACAAUAUAACUGUCAUCCCACAGUGUUAGCAUUGGCCCAUAUAGCCCAUUCCUGUGACACUCCACAUUGACUUACAUGUCUUGUCUCUGUAGACCCUGAUGAACCCAGUGUGUAGUUCAACAGAGCUCUCCUUUAUCUUCUGUAAAGUCUAAUCUGUUUAAAGAUGUGAACAAAACUGAGCCAUUCACCUAUUUUUACCUGUUGGUUUACGCCUCAAACAUCACUCCAGUAGAACAACUUAAUACCACCACAUCCUGUUAGCCUAAUCACUGCCCAGCCGCUUGUGAUGUGAACCUACAGUAUUAUCUUUUCAAGCGAGGGGUGGUGUUAAAUCACCAGCAUUCUUUACAUUACCUGACUUCAGGUCUACCUUCUGUUUCUGUUGGUUUGAAAAUGAUCUGCUGGAAACACCGGCUGUAGAGCAUGUGUACAGUAGCUCUUGUGCUACCUCAGUUUUCCUCAUGUUUCCAGUCUCUGACACUACGACCUCACUAGUUUUUCAGCCGCUACCUUCAAUAAGCACAUUCUUCUUUUUCAGAGGCUGUGAUUUAAUCAGCACAACAACUAAUCCUGGAAAACUGCUUCUGCACAGCUCCCAUUGGGUUAAAACUCUGAAGAGUGUUUAAAAAGUACAACACAGUUGGGACCUUGGUGAUCAGGCCGUGGUCACUUUGAUCGUUUCAGCCCAUAGAGCAAAACAACCACUGUUUGUUCCUCCAUAGUUCUGGUAGAUGAAUACACAGUAAAUGUACAAAACAUUGGGAACCACCCUCCUGUUAUAAUCCUAUCUUAAGAGCUUUUCUUGUGUUGUUCUAGCGGUCAGACCUGUGUGGAUGUGAUUUAAGGGCUUGCAGCAAGUAUGAACAGUCAUGAUACUGAUGUUGGUAUGACAUGAAGUUUGUGUGUGUGGAAAUUGAAGUAUGUCUGAAAGAAAGUCACCAGUGUGAAUUGCUUUGACAGCUCUGUUGUAGUCUGUUGGUUUCCUCUUUCACAUUUUCUCACCUCAGCUAUUGAAUUUCUGAUUUUCUUAGUUUGGCAUACAGUAUUUGAAACAGAUGUGAGAUCAUUGAAGAAAGAAUUGAACUUCAGUGUUAGUAUACUGUAUAUUUCAAAAUGGAAAUUGGAUUUAGAAUGUUCUAUUUCCUUCCAAUAGGAUGUGAGUGGAUCCCUUUGAGCGAAGGGGCAGCAACUGUUACUGUGAGACAUUACUGUUUUUCUUGUUUUGCAAAAUAAAGAGGGAUUAAAGGUUU